AUGGGGCAGCUGAUGCAACGCAUCAAUGAGUACAUCCGAGUAGAGGAUGAUAUGGCGGCGUCCACCGUGAAGACAAAUCCAGUGACAACGGACAAAAAGGUGGCUGGAAAAGUACACGCGGUCGGACAGGAGACAAACCGUCCAAGUGACUGCGCAAAAGAAUCUAACCGUGGUCCGAAUCGUAGGAACCGGGGUAAAGGUCGCCACAAUGACCAAGCAGAAUAUUCCUGUGAUGAUGCAGCAGAUACAAACAGAAAGUUGAACGCUUGGACAGGCAUCACCACGGUUUUUAAAAUUCCAAUCUACCGCAUACUUAGUGAAAUCCGCGACGAGGUUUACGUACAGUUUCCCGCUAAGUUAGGUGAUGCACAAAAGGGCUUCAAUCCGCGGAACCGCUGCACAUUUCAUAGGGAGCGAGGGCACCAGACGGAGAACUGUUUGCCCUUAAAGCAACACUUGGAGGAGUUAGUCAUAACCGGUCACUUGGACUGUUACAUCGAUGGGGGUGUCAGGGCCACGCACUAUGUACCGGCUGAGCCAAGUGGUUCGGAUGACCUAGAAGCACCCCUCCAAGGAGUGGUCAAUGUGAUCCACGGUAUAGAAGAGCCGAUGCAGGUAUGCGAGCUCCGAGGGAUGAUAAAAAAGGCCGAACAUAUAAAGGAAGUUUUGUCAGUCCAGCCCACGGUCAAAAGAGGCAAGUCCGAGGAGAAAAAUGUGAUUAGCUUCUCAGGUGGGGAUCUUGAGCACAUUCAAACGCCGCACAAUAAUGCCCUGGUGGUCACCCUCCACGUCAAGGACUUCGAUGUUAUGCGUAUCCUAAUCUACUAA